AGCUAUCUACAGUAUCCGUUUAUUCUCUGGGAUCCCUUGGCUCAGUUCCCUCACCUGUUUGAUACUCGAUCACUCUUGUGUCCUAUAUGUCUAGAGGACUCCGAGAAGGCGGCUUUGGAAACCACUUCAUUGUUAAAGAGAACGAAUCAUUGGUUUAAUGGCUGUCUUAAAAGAUUUAAUCCACGGAUUGUUUUUCAUACUAACACCUGCGUACUUCUUGUGAGCUGUAUGUACCGCUGUUGUAAGGGCCAUGAGAUUUCGUCUUGUCACUCUGCUGUUUUGUCGAGCUUUCCGGUCUCAUAUACUUUUCAACUCCCGUUUUGUUUGUUUCAAAAAUCUGGAUUUACGAAAGAUGCUCUUCUUCUUGUACAAAAACUUGUGGAUGAGGGACUUGCUUUUAAUCAAAUUGAACGACUUUUUGAAUCGCAAUAUCGUGAUUGCUUUUCAUCCAUGGAAUGUAAAUUUUGUGCGACUAUCGAUUGGAAAAUCAUCAAGGUGAUCAGGACAUAAGGAAAGAGUUGCGGUUUUUUCCUUCUUUUUCUAAUAACAAUUUUCCUCAUCCAUCCAAUGACCUAUUAAUAGAUCUUUAUGUGGCUGGAUGUAAGAUGCAAGAGGCUAAGUUUGCGCAGGCGAUGUCCAGACAACCUGCCAGAUGGAUAUCGUGUGACCAUACGUUUAAAAGCGUUGCCAACAUCGGAUACAAAAGAUCAAGUGAUGGCAAAUGGAUUAGAUUAUAUAAUUCCGUGUUUUGCAUUCUUAACGAAAAUGGGAAUGUUAUUCAAUGGCAAUUUACAAAAUCUGAAAACUUCAACGAAGUCUCUAAAAUGUUUGCUGAUUUGAAGGAACGUUUUCAAGUUCAAAACUCUCGUCUUGAAGGUAUUAUGAUAUAUAACUGUUGUAAAUGGAAAGAAUCGUUACGUCGCGUGUUUCCUGGUAUUCCUGUUAAACUGGAUUGUUUCAUGCCGUACAACGAUUUGUUAAAACCAUUUCUAAGCGAAAUCCUUAUCAUCGGGAUAUUUCUAAAGAUUAUGGAUUGA